AUGCUGGACGAGAACCAUCACCUGAUCCAGUGCAUCCUGGACUACCAGAGCAAGGGCAAGACCGCCGAGUGCACGCAGUACCAGCAGAUCCUGCACCGGAACCUGGUCUACCUGGCCACGAUCGCGGACUCCAACCAGAACAUGCAGUCCCUGCUCCCCGCUCCGCCAACCCAGAACAUGAACCUGGGCCCCGGAGCACUGUCCCAGAGCAGCUCCGGCCAGAGCCUGCACUCCCAGAGCAGCCUCAGCGACGCCAUCGGCACAGGCCUGCCCCCGUCCUCCCUCAUGCAGGGCCAGAUUGGCAAUGGUCCGAACCACGUGUCCAUGCAGCAGACGGCACAGAGCACGCUGCCCACCACCUCCAUGAGCAUGUCUGGCAGCGGCCACGGCACGGGGCCCGGCUACAGCCACUCGGGACCCGCCUCGCAGAGUGUGCCCCUGCAGGGGCAAGGUGCCAUCGGCAACUACGUGUCUCGGGCCAACAUCAACAUGCAGUCCAACCCAGUGUCCAUGAUGCACCAGCAGGCAGCCUCGUCCCACUACAACUCGGCACAGGGCGGGAGCCAGCACUACCAGGGCCAGUCGUCCAUUGCCAUGAUGGGCCAGAGCGGGCAGGGGAGCAGCAUGAUGGGGCAGCGGCCCAUGGCGCCCUACCGACCCUCCCAGCAAGGCUCGUCCCAGCAGUAUCUGGGCCAGGAGGAGUACUACGGCGAGCAGUACGGCCACAGCCAGGCCGCCGCGGAGCCCAUGGGCCAGCAGUACUACCCUGACGGACACGGCGAUUACGCCUACCAGCAGUCAUCCUACACGGAGCAGAGCUACGACCGGUCGUUUGAGGAGUCCACGCAGCACUACUAUGAGGGCGGAAAUUCCCAGUACAGCCAGCAGCAGGCGGGGUACCAGCAGGGCGCGGCCCAGCAGCAGACCUACUCCCAGCAGCAGUACCCCAACCAGCAGAGCUACCCCGGGCAGCAGCAAGGCUACGGGCCUGCCCAGGGAGCCCCUUCCCAGUACUCCAGCUACCAGCAAGGACAAGGCCAGCAGUACGGGAGCUACAGAGCAUCUCAGACGGGCCCAUCCGCCCAGCAGCAGCGGCCUUACGGCUAUGAGCAGGGCCAGUAUGGAAAUUACCAGCAGUAAGGGACAAGGUUCUCGUUGGAGCCUUGUGGUGGCAUAUCCGUCUGGGGAUGGAUGGGCUGGUGGCAGUUCUGAUGGACUGUGACCUGUUGGUUGCCCCUCGCCCCACACAGCGUCUGCACGUGAAGCGUGCACAUUUCAUGCUGGGUAUGACGCUGAGCAUGCACCGCUGGCGAGAGACAGUGCUUUGAUGGUGUGACAUAUUUGGUGCUGUGUAUAGUAUUGUAUGUCCAUACAAUGGAAAGGUUGUCCCUUUUUUGUCCCCCUUCUUGAUGUUUCUAGCCAACUUUAGGGAUCCUUUUGUCAUCAGAGUGUUCUGUGCCCAGUGAUGGGACAUGUCUACAAGAUGCUAUAGUCCACGUAUUCAUAUAAACAGACCUUAGGUCUAACUCUCCUCAUGCAGUUGUAAUGUGGGUUGUAAACUUAUCUUUCACUGGCUACAUCACAGCUGGACACAUGCAUACAAUCCCUG